CGUCACGGUUAUCUAACGUCAGCGUUCGUAGGUGGGGCAUGAACGUUGUGCAGUAACAGUGCUACAUCGGGUGCAACUGCGUCCGCUAAAAUCUCUGAUAUCACGAACAGAGCGCAGUUUGUAUUGUUCCUCGAGCUCGUGUAAUACAGCCUCCCUUGAAUCGGAAUAAAGAAUACGCCAUAACAUGGAAAUCUCGGCAGCUUCGCUGCUGACCAUCUUCUUGGCGGCUACUACUGUCACGGAUGGCGUGCCCACAAGUACUGUUUCGAUUUCACCUACUAUUACGGAGUUUGUUCGCAAUGAAGCGAAUGCGAUAACUACCGAAUCUGUGAAGUCGACGACGCAGAGCAAAUUUAUAGAUUAUGCCAGACCUUUCUCGAAUAUAAAGAAUAUAUUGAUGCAGGAGAUUCGCACUUUAGACAAAGAUGUUUCCGAUGUCAAGAUUCAGGAAGAGGUAGCAGAGACCUUGAAGGCUGAAGCGCAAAGAGACCAUACAGAUUUGCGAAUCAAAACGACUGCUAAACCGAGCAACUUAACGACAAAGAAAGUGAAACUUGCGACGGAGAAUAAAGAAUUCAAGAAAUUCGACAAUGCAAUCUAUGACGAGGAAUUAAAUGAAAACGACGAGGAGGACUACUACGAUGAAGACGGGGAUACGGAGCUCGACGACGAUGACGAAGAAGUCAUGACGCAGUGUCCUGAUUAUUGCAAAUGCGCAGGGCAAUACGCCGCCGCAAUGACUGCCACAUGCACCAAAUUAGUGGAUGAACAAGCCUUCGGACCAGGCAUUGCGCAUCUGCGAAUCGAAAACGCCCCCCCGAUUCAAUUAGGACCGAAUGCCCUGCGAGCUCGCGGUCUCCAGCAAUUGGAGUCCAUUGCCAUCGUCGACACGCAGAUAGACGAGCUAGAUCGUACUGCAUUUAACGGCAUCACAUAUCUGUUUGCGGUGAACUUGACGCGCAAUGGCCUUCACGAUAUCCAUCCGAAUACCUUCCAGAACAACACGCAGCUCAGUUUACUCACAAUCUCCGGUAACAUGUUGAAACACAUGCACGACGUACAUACGAAGCCGACAAAGCACUACCUGUUGCAUGCAUCAUCAAUCAAUGAUUUCGAUUUCUCGAACAACGGUAUAAUACGACUGAAACGCACCGCCUUUUCCAAGAUGCAAAGCCUCAGUUACAUCAAUCUGCGCGGCAAUAGAUUGAGAGAAAUCGAUAGCGCGAUCUUUGACUCGCUGGACUCGCUCAUGGAAGUAGACCUCUCGGAUAAUACUCUGAAUGAGCUUCCGCUCGAUCUGUUCAUUGGCAAAGAAAUACAAACUCUUCGUGUCGCUGGAAAUAAUCUAUCGACGUUGGCCACCAUAAGUGCUUCAAAACUGACGACGCUUGACGCUUCGAGGAACAAGAUCAGAGUAAUCGCCAAAGAGGAUUUGAAUGGCGUACCAUUAUUGGACACACUAUAUAUCAAAUCGAACAAUCUGAAAAGGAUUCACCAACACGCUUUCAGCGAUCUCGAUCAAUUGCGACAUCUUGAUAUCAGUGACAACAAGCUCUCCUCGUUAACGGAGCAUCAUUUCAAAGAUAAUCCGAGAUUACAGGUUCUGCUGAUGAAUGAUAAUCCCACUUUACAAACUUUACCAGUUUUCAAAACUUACGGCUUGGUAUACGAUACAUUUAGCGUCUUCCGUUUUGAAUGCGCGAAUUGUGGCCUGGAUAAUCUCAAACCGGGCACAUUUGACGAAAUGCCGGCGAUAACUCGAUUGAAUCUCGCGAAGAAUCGUCUAAGCAGUUUGCCUAUAGGACUCCUGGAACGCCUCUCGUCCCUACGAGAAUUGGAUCUCUCCGAUAAUAUCAUCUCUACUCUGCAACCGGGAAUGUUCCACGGUGCCGAGAGUUUGAACAAGCUGAGUCUCGCGCAUAAUCCAUUGACUACACUGCAAGUGACGCCGUUCUUGAAUACACCAGGACUUGUGAAACUGGACGUGAGUCGUUGCAACCUCGAACGUGUUUGGAGCGAAGCUAGAGUACCGUUGAAAAGUCUUCGAUUCCUGUCGGUUCGCGGUAAUCUUUUACAACGAAUCACUGUCGAAGAACUUAGAGCUACGCCAAAACUGUCGGGUCUAGAUUUAUCGCACAAUCCUCUAAAUUGUGACGAGGAAUUUAAUCAAGCUCUGCAAUGGCUCACCGAUCGCGGUGUUACACCGACGGAGACACUUGGAUAUGUCAAUGAUUUUGCUGAUGUUGACGACGACGCCGAUUCGAAGGGCAUCAGUCAAUGGACAGAUUUGGCAAAGAUAGCUUGUGAGGGAAUCGAGGAUGGUCCACCACCUAGACAGGCUCCUGGCAAAAACAUACAACCAAAGGACGUUUUUCUCGACAUCCCAGAUGACUCCGAUUCUCUACUCACACUCACAAACGAGCUCGAUAAGGACGAGGAGCUUCUCAAGCUGAACAUUGAUCAUGGUAUACAUGCCGAUGACCCGCGAUUCUUGGAAGAUCAGGAGUACGACGAGGACUUCAGGAUCACCACGGAAUAUCACUCUUGGUACAACUUGAGACCUGGCUUCAAAAUCUGGCUAGUUUCCGGUACUGUCUUGUUCGUUUUGGUCGUGUUCCUGUUGGUAGCGCGCAUCGCUUGCUGUUUGGCGAACAAACGAGGACGUGGCCCCGUUCUCAGGCCGCCUAUGAUCCUUCGUCAAGGUCUGGUCGACAAUAAGAAUUGCGGUUUGGUCUACAAACCCCUGCAGGAAGAAAUAGCCACACCUCACAUGCCGAAACGAGGUAGCUUCUACUCCAGCAGCACCUUCCAUUACGAUAAAAUCGUGCCAGAGAGUGUAUAAAGAAAAAGUGUUUCCUGAUUAAUUAAGUGAUCAAUUACGAAGCGACCGACCGAUGUGAUUCAUCUUAACCGCCGAAAACUACUUUGCGUCGCUUUCGCAAAUCAAGAGAUAUUCUUUACAGACUGUUAUUGGUUGAACGACGAAGUCGAUACGAGAAGAGGAAAAAGCGAUUUUUUUCUCGCAAAAAUAUGUAUUAAUUACGGUUUCCAAUUAGAACAAAAUUAGGCAGACUCUUCUCUGUUUGAUCAUAGGUAACAAUAUACAUACAUAUGAUCUUAUCAGUAAGUUUUCAUUUCUAUUGAAAAGAUAUCAAAAUCAAAACAAAUAUAACUGUCAGCAUUUAAUUAGACCUUGUAAAAAUGUAUACGAUUUAUCGAAAUGCAUCUUGUUUUUGAGCUUUAUCACGUUUUCAAAGUUUACAAAAAUAGCGAUUAAUAUAUAAGUACGUUUAUUAUCGUUAUUAACGCAAAGACGAUGCCUGAUAGAAGUAAUAAUUUAGAUAUAAGCUGCAAUGCUAUAUCUUACAAUCAGUUCAGAACAUGAAUCCCUUUAUAUGUAUAUGGAAAUGAUAGCAAAGUACUUAUUAUUUAUAGAUUUUAUUUAAAGCUUAUAACUUUACUCGUCGCUUAAGCAGCGAUCAGGCGAAUUUCAAGGUUUAAUUUAAAUUUUUUUAAACGGUACUGCUUGUUUAUAGAAAGAUAUAAGCCAAUACAGAAAUUAUAAAGGUAUAACUUAAUAAUAUUGAUAUUGAAAAUUAAUGUAGAAAAUUUGAGCAAAAAUGUGUCAAUUGGUGAUCGAUGAUGGAUGAAUGAGGGAACUAUGCGUAUGAUAAAUGCAAAAUUUUAUACAAAACAAGAUAAAACAGAGCUUUUUUUAAGAUAUCCAAUCAAAGUGAUAUAUGCCAAUACAGUACCACGUAACACUACCAUAAAUAAUUAUAGUUUUCAAUUACUUAUGGUGACAAUAUUUUUAUCCGGCGGAGGUCCGUAAACUUACAUACGACAUUAACAUUUUGCAAAAUGUUGUGUCGCUGCGCAAAUAUUAUUAUACACUAUUAUAUAUAUGUUGUAAAUAACAUUUGUAAUAAUAAAAAAAUAUCGUUUUAAUAAAAUAUUAAGUAAAAUUAA